AAAUGUAAAAGCAUCAAACAUUCACUACAAAUCAAUAAAAAAUGUCCUUUAAUAUCUAGAGAAAUGUCUCAUACGGUGACAGUUACCAGGACCACAACAUCUACAACAUCUGCUAUAAUCCUAAACACUGGCUAUGUGAAAUCGGUACCUGGGUUAUUGAAAUUAGCCGAAGUUAUUUUAGGAGGCAUUGUCUUGGGUCUGUUGAUUUAUAACAGAGACAACUUAUGUCAUUGCUGGGUGUAUGGCACACACAACGCACAACUUUUUUUUUUGGGCACAAUUAGUGCGUUUUUCUUAACGAGUCUUUUGUUGCUGAUUUCUUGUCUGCUAUCCAUUUCCACAGGGCCUAUCAUAUCUAAAACUAAUUUUGAGUUUAUUUAUCAUGGCGCUGGAUUUAUAUUUUUGUUGUUGGCAUCUGUGUUCCUAUUACUCGAUGCAAAUGAUAAUAGCGGCCGCAACUCACAAAAUCAUUUUGUAAUUGCAUCAAUUCUGGGAUUGAUAAUGGCAGCUUUUUACUUGCUAAGUUCAAUCUGGGGUUAUAGGUCAUACAGAGGUCCAUGAACAACCUGUCAAUUAUAAUAUUUUACACAAGGAGCAUAGCCACAUAGACGAAGAAAAUGGACGACUAGCAAAAAGUGCACAGAUUAAUUAAGGCUUAAAUAUAUAAUUUAUUGUAUAAAUUAUUAUUAUAAAGCAUUAUUAUGAUGACUGUUUUUUAUGGUCUAUCAAACUCUAUACGGUCAUGUCCUCAGAACUUAUAUAUUAUUAACUUUGUUAACUAUGCUUAUGAUUUAUAUUAUACCAAAUGUGUUUGUGUUAUUUUUUAAGUAAAUUAAGACAUAAAAAUCCUAUUGCUAUCUGUACUCGUGUUAAACAAAAAAUUAAGCAUCUUAAGUUUAUUUUAAUUGCAUUGUUCAAAUCAUUAUAAAUUUAAGUGAUAACUUUGUGCCUUAUGUAUUUAUUUUAUUGUACAUUUUUCAAGUGCCUUAAGAAUAUGGAUCAAAACGUGUGCUCGCAUUUAUUUAACUAAUAUUAUAUACAUAUUUAUUAAUUUUAACACAACUAAAAUAGACUUUAUUUUGUAAAAUAUUAAUAAGUCUAAAAUAUAAUUCAUAUAACUUCUUAAAUAUUAAGUUUACUUAUUAACAUGCAAAA